AUGGGCGUGUCCUCGUCGGACACAGGAACGGAGGAGGAAACGUCGUUCAGCGUGAUCUGCUGGAUGUUUUCCAAGACAAGAUUGGAGGUAUUUAUGUUCUCAUCAACAAGGCCUGCUCGCUGGGCUGCCGUUAAAUCUAUCAGUUGGGCUGAUCUAGGCUUGCCUAAAGAAAUUGACGACUGCUUAAAUGGUCCAGGCCAAUGCGUCUAUGGUUGCUUCUACUGGAAAGUAUACUGCAGAAACGAGUUGCUCAAGCUUGACAUGGACACUAUGGAGUUCUCCAAGUAUGACCUCCCUCCUGAUCAUGGCAACAGAACUAUCGUCAUUUUGGAGUCAGGGGAAGGCAAGGUUGCGAUGUUUAGUACACUUGGUGAAGGGUCCGUGGAAUAUUACACCUUUAUGGCAGAAUGGAGCUGA